UUGAAAAAAUCUGUAAAAGAAGACUGGCUGUUUAUGUGCUUAAAUGGACGUUGGAGCAAUUGCAGUGUAUCAUAAAGUUUUACUAAUUUAGCACUUUAUCCUCUUUUCGAUACCUUGUUGCUUUGUUGUGCCAUUUAUACAUGGCUCAAAAGGCUUUUCGGCUCAAUGACAGUGUUAACGAAGUCAGUGGUCGUAAACAUACUGCCGUUGAAAUAAUAAAAUUCAGUUUUUAUCCGCUUAUAUUUUCAUUAAUGACUGAUCGGGUGUAUGUGGGUUUGACUUUUUUAAAAAUCUAGUAGCCUGAAAAGGAUAUGGGACACAAGGGUUACGUGCGCACAGGGGGAGGAGUCAUAUGAGCUCGUUGCGAUUUAAUUGGCUGUUAGCUCACACUGAGUUGUAUGGUUAUCAGUAAUUAUAUUCAGCAUGUUUUGCACAAGAAAUGUCAUCCAGAAAGGGCAAUCUUCUUCCACCGUCAAAUUAUACCACAAAGAUGUCAUGCUCCGAUAGUCCAUCUGGAAAUUCGUUUCUUGUAGACUCUUUGAUCCAUGGAAGAACCGAGGGAAGUGGGCACUACUACCAGAACAGCGUCUACUUGCAGCCGACCUCCGAGUAUUCGUACGGACUACCUAACUGUGGCUACUUUUCCGGACUUAAACGGAGCGAAGGCAAUUCGCAAAAUGUAGUACCAACAUGUGGCCCAUAUCAAGGCAUGGAAGCAUGGCUUGAAACGUCCAGGUCUUGUCGCAUUGAACCAAUUACCAACCAAGUCACCCCACGCUCGUUCUCGCCCACCAUAAAGGAGGAGAACUCUUACUGCUUAUACGAGUCUGAAAAAUGUCCAAAAGAAACAAUCACAGAGGAUAUAUCGUACGCGCGGCUGACAUCAAAUUCCUGUCCAUCUAGCAACAAUAACGGCUGUGUUCCGGUGCCUGGUUACUUCCGCCUAUCUCAGACAUGUAGCACAUCUAAAGGUUUUCCAGACGACCAGUCUAUUUCGACUCACGUUGCUGCUCAGCGUUCGACCCGAUUUGACAGCUCUCUGUCAGCCAUUACAGCCGAAACGAGCAGGGAAGAGAGCGACGAGCCCUGCGCCCCGAAAAGAAACAAGGAGCUACGGGGGUCCACCGGCACCGCUUCGUCUCCCGAACCACCGGACAGCCCAGAAAAGGCGCUGAAUGUAAAUAAAGCAGGAGAUUCCAAGAAUGAGAAAACAGCAAACUGGUUGACGGCGAAGAGUGGCCGCAAGAAGCGUUGUCCAUACACCAAGCAUCAGACUCUAGAGCUGGAGAAAGAGUUCCUCUUCAAUAUGUACUUGACACGAGAGCGUCGCUUGGAGAUCAGCCGCAGCGUUCACCUCACGGACAGACAAGUGAAAAUAUGGUUUCAGAACCGUCGGAUGAAGCUAAAGAAAAUGAGCCGAGAAAAUCGAAUCCGUGAGCUGUCGGCCAACUACAGUUUUUCAUGAAGCCCCCUCGCUCGGUUAUAGUGCUCUGGCGCCCUCCUCUAUAUCAGCUGCAAUGGUUGCCUACUCACAACAGUGCGUCUUUGUAGGUGUGCGUGCAUAUAUGACUCGUGCAAGAUACUAUUGAUAACUUAUUGUGUGUCGUAUACUGUUGACAUUUUUAUCUGUUAUGUAUAAUUUUAUUUGACAUCCCUGCCGUCAUAACAUGUCAUUGGUUAUUUAUAAACUGUCAAGGGUACUUCAUGUAAAAGGUAGCGAGGAAAAUAUCAAAUGCCGAAGGUGAUUAUAUUGGCACUCGUUGUAAAUAGCAUUCAGGCAAUAUUGUACAUUUAUUGUAUAUAUCUGCGAUAUUUGCAUGUUGUAAUAUUAACUAUAAUGGAACCAUUUUUAAAAUAAUACUAAGAAUUCUUUUCGUCUUAAGUACGACAUUGUCAUGUAUUUGCUGUUCUAGGCAUAAGUGCGGUUCUUUGAAAGUAGAGACAAACACGAUGAGGCGUCCUGUUUUGUUUUUAAUAGUAUUUGAAAAUGUAACAUUUUUCUGAGGACACAGCCCGAAAUGCAUUAGAUUUUAAACUGAUAAUUCAUGGCAGAUUGAAAUAAACGCAUGUAAAGGGUCAAUACAGCCUACUUUUAAACUGAGUACCUGUUGUUUCAUACACUCGUGAUUUCCCGAGACUUCUUCGAUAGGGAUUGUAAUUUGUAAAAUUUGUAUACAAUUCAUGUUAUUCCUUUAAAGUCUUCACCCAGUUUUGGUCCAAUGUAGUCACUUUAAGAUCAUUAUGAAUUAAUCAUAUUAUAAUAAUAAUACAGUUCUAGAAAACAUCUGAAUUCAAUUUCUAAUGUAAUCCGAUGGACAUUCAAUGAAUAUUCCAUUAACAAAUUAUGUAAUCUGUCAAAAUUCACUGUAACAAGGAUCACGGGUCAGUUCUGACGAAGGCUCAUUUUAUUGUGCUUGUUUGCCUGCGCAACACAGAAUGUAUAA